AUGCAUCUAGCACAGCAUGGCAGUGGUCGAGAGACAAUAUCAUGGCUGGGCGAGGAGGCGCUCGCCAAGUUCUUCAAGCUAAAGCCUUCAACGCUCGUACCCAACAAGCCGGAGACCGUGGCCAGCGUGCGCAGGACCUUAGGCGGCGCCAUACUGGACCCGGCCGACUACGUCACCGACGUUCUUGACGACAAUGACUUCGUCUCCGUAGUCCUGGACAGCGACCGGCCGAAUCCCGUGACAGAGACCGCCGAAGUCAAGUACAUUCCGGAACAGAUCCCAGGUAAAUACGUGCCUCCCGACGAAUACAUGACAGUGGACGGCGCCACGCUUACGCCAGAGGACCUCAUGAGCCUGGGGAAGGGACUCUACAAGAUCCGGCUGAGCCAGGAGGCCGAGGAGCGCGUCACGGCGUCGCGGCAGCUGGUGGAGACCAUCGUGCGGGAGAAGAAAGUUGUCUACGGAAUUACAACCGGAUUUGGCAAGUUCGCUCGCACGACCAUUGCCGAGGAUAAACUUGAGGAGUUGCAGUUGAAUCUGAUUAGGUCCCAUGCUGCUGGCGUGGGGUCCCCCUUAACUCCGGAAAGGACCCGGAUGUUGCUGGCCCUAAGAAUCAAUGUCUUGGCUAAAGGCUGCUCCGGCAUCUCCAUGAAGGUGCUCAACCAGUACAUCGCAGCUUUCAAUGCUUCUUGUCUGCCAUGGGUGCCCGAGAAGGGAACGGUGGGCGCUUCCGGAGACUUAGCUCCGCUCUCGCACCUGGCCCUUGGGAUGCUCGGGGAAGGCAAGAUGUGGAGCCCCAAGACCGGCUGGGGAAGCGCCAAAUACGUUCUUGAGGCGAAUAACCUUCCUCCUAUUGUGAUGGGACCCAAAGAAGGAAUCGCCCUCAUUAACGGCACGCAACUAAUCGCCUCCUUGGGCUCCGAGGCCCUAGAGCGGGCGGAGACGGUGGCGCGCCAGGCGGACGUGGUGGCAGCGCUCACGCUUGAAGUUCUCAAGGGCACUUCCCGGGCCUUCGACAGCGAUGUUCACAAGCUGCGGCAUCACAAAGGCCAGAUUGAGGUGGCUAGACGGGUCAGAGGGCUUCUGCACAGCGACACCCACCCUUCUGAAAUUGCUCAGUCGCACAGGUUUUGUGACCGCGUGCAGGAUGCAUACACGCUGCGAUGCUGUCCGCAGGUUCACGGAGUAGUGCACGACACUCUAAAGUUCGUGAGAGGCAUCCUCACGGACGAGCUUAACUCCGCGACUGACAAUCCGCUCGUGCUGUCGGAGCGAGAGGAAAUCAUCAGCGCCGGCAAUUUCCACGGCGAAUACCCAGCCAAGGCCUGUGACUACUUAGCCAUCGGCAUCCAUGAGAUCGCGUCCAUGUCCGAGCGCAGGAUUGAGCGCCUUGUCAACCCUGCCUUGAGUGAGCUUCCGGCCUUCCUGGUAAAAGAAGGAGGACUUAAUUCUGGCUUCAUGCUGGCCCACUGCACGGCUGCUUCCUUAGUGUCGGAGAAUAAGGUCCUGUGUCACCCGGCCAGUGUGGACUCCCUCACCACAUCGGCAGGAACGGAAGACCACGUAUCCAUGGGAGGAUUUGCAGCACGGAAGGCGAUUAUGGUGUUGGAGAACGUGGAGCGCGUCAUUGCCAUUGAGCUCCUUGCUGCGUGCCAGGCCAUCGAGUUCCUUCGUCCUCUCAAGACUACCGCGCCGCUGGAGGAGGUCAUCCGAGUCGUCCGAUCUGUGGCCAGCUCAUGGGAAAAAGACCGCUUCAUGUCGCCUGACAUCGAUGCCGUCACUGAGCUCAUACAGGAAGGGAAGGUCUGGCAGGCCGUUCGACAUCAUAUCGAGCACUAUCAUCGAGUUCAGGACGUCGAGACGCGCGUGUUCUCGCCUACCAUGAGCUUCGUGGGGCUGGGUCCGCCCAGAAACACCAAGCGGCCGCUGAACAACGGCGGCCAGGCACGCGCGACCACGCAGGCCAAGCGGGGAAGGACAACAGUCAAGAACUAAGCAAGGAGUAGCAGGAUAUGAUAUCAUUUUUGAUUUAAGUUCCAUUGAUCUGUAUUUCAUCUGUUAAGCAAAAGUAAUAUUUAGAUCUUAUUUGUUGCAAGUAAUAUGAAUUAGCAUUUUUUUUCUUUUACUAAACUACUAAGUUGAUAAUCCUUUACUAAUAAAUGUAUUUCUUGAGUGUAA